AUGUCAGAGCUGCGCGAAUUUCAAGAAGAAUAUAUAGCAGUUGAGGAGAAUCAAAGAGAUAUGGAGUCUUACCCGGUUGAGAUACCCAAUGUGAAUAAUGGUAACGCAAAUUUACUCCCAAUAAUGACAAAUAUGAUUGCGAGUACAUCACAAGGAAGACAAGGAAAGAACGUUAACGAAGUAGAACAAAAGCUGGUGAAAAUAUCUAGAACAGAUCAAGAAGAAUUCGAAAGAGAAUACAAAGGAAAGCAAUUUCAAGAUUGUGGAGGAAAUAAUAAGAUUCAAAGAGUGGACAAUCUACUGGAAGGUUACGGAGGCCAACAACCAUAUUACAAUAAAAGACAAGGAACUGGAAAGGUGGUCUGGGUACAGAUAAACUUGCCAAAGAUGAAUACUACAGUAGACAAAAUCUGGGAAGCUGUUAUAUUAAUGGAAGAAAUUCCUGAACCACAUAAUGUAGGAGAUGAGCCACCAUCUGGGAGAAGGAGCAAAGAAUUCUGUGUAUAUCAUCACUUUCAUGGUCACACGACAAGUAAUUGUAGAAAUGUGAGGAAAAUCAUACUGCGAAUGAUUAAACAAGGAAAACUGGAUCAUUUCUUAGCAAAGCAGUCACAGCAUUUACCACCAACACUAUCAGGAGGAAAUGCAUAUGGUACAUAG